CUCUACCUGCGCAAGAGUCACAUUCCGCGUUCGCCUUCACAAUUGGUCGACAGGCCGACGAAACCUUCGAUAUCCGUUCUCACUAUAUAAAAUUAGAAAGUGUUUGUGGCGGUUAAACGUUUCUUCAGCAUGUGGGCUUAUUGAGGUGGACCAUGUGUCGACUAUUGCCUUUCCUAGCGAUGGCUACCAUGGCCUCCGCGCAACUCACUCUGGACGGAGUGAAGUGCGGCCAAUUGCAGUGCCAGUUCAAUGAGUACUGCUCGCGGGACACCAAUCGCUGCGCGCCCUGCGACGUGGUCUGCAACAAGAGUCAUCACAACUAUGACGCCGGACUUUGCGUCCAGGAUUGCCAGAAUUACCUCAUGGACUUGCGAUAUCUUCACAAUGGAGGGGCCGACUCAUUGAAAUUGCAAGGAGUGCAAAAGCAGGCGCAAGCAGCGCUCAUCAUCAGCGUGGUGGCCCUGGCGCUUCUGGUCGUCAUUCUCAUCAUCAUCUGCCGCGGACGCUACUCCUGGGCGUACCUCAAGAAGAAGUUCCAGCACACAAAGAACCGUGUAAACAACCACCCGGCUGGCCUAACACAUCAUAACCCUCACGCUGAGAUGGUGAGACCGAAACCUGAUACGAAACUCGAGAUACGGAACCCUGACAGACCCCAGGCUCUAAACGUUAGGGAUCUGGACACCAGGACGUCACAGGCGGAUAGGAGCCAAGGCGCAAUGACACCGAAGACCGUUAGCACAGCGCUCAGCAACCGUCACCCAGCGGAAGAUACAACAUUGGACUUUUCAUACGACAAUCGAGCUUUAAACGUCACUCCUCCUGAGAGAUUCUGAGAACGGACUGUACAGUUUUCCAGCGAAACUGUUCAUAUUUAACUUUAAAUUAUGACUUCAACAAAUUAUGACAUAAUUUGAACUGUUUUAUUAACAAUUUAUGUGAUUUUUAAAUAUAUUGAGCUCCAAAGUAAAUUGUUUGAUAUCAAUAUUUGUAUGAAGUAUCAAUUGUUUUGUGAUGAAACUUAUUAUCAAAUAUCUCUAUCUCGAAAUGAAUAUCUGAAUCGCGGGCCUUUGUUUUAUACUAUGUAGACUCAUAGUGAUGAUACGGCAGGAAACAUUUCAAGAAAAAUCUUCUUCCAGCUUUAUCGACCCUAUUUUUUAGUAUACCUAAUUCAAAUAUCCUUACUAAUAAAUAGUUACAUUUGUCGUAUACUUUAACGUAAUAAUUUUCUUUUGUUAUUUAUAAAACAAUAUUGAUUGAAUGAUAUUACUCUUAUUAACAUGCAGUGUAUUCGUAAAGCAAUAUUUAUUUAUUAGUAUUUAUAGAAUAAUAAAACAUCACUACUUUUCUGGGGCAAUGAGUACUUACCUAUAUAUUAAUUUAGUUUGUUGACCGUCGAUGACGUCGUAAGUUAAUAUAAUUGUAAUAGGGUAAAUGACAACAUUAAUAAAUAAAUAAAGAUCAGGAAAUUCUAAGAUCAUUGUAAUAAUUCACAGACUGUAACAGUGCUGCUGGAUCGACAUACUGGAUUGGCAAGAAUUUGAAUUUGUAUUUGAAAAGUGCUAGCCCCAGCUAUUAUUAUAAAGUGAUCACCAAGUAGGCAUGCAACACUAUGACAUGCAUGUCAUAUCAUGCAACAUGCUGCAGCAUGUUGGACAUGCAACCCAACGCAAUAUGGAAGCUGUCACACAAAUAUAACCUUUUCUCGUUACCAUAGUAAUUUUUUCACAUAGUAAUUUUGUCAUCUAUCCUAUUCUAUGUGAAUAAAGUUCAUGAAAUAUGUUCUUGAAAUUGUAAUGUGGUAGAUUUCGUUUAAUUAGUAUUUAGAUUUCUUACUAUAUAUGUCUAGUUAAAAUACUGUUUUUCGAGUUUAACUCGGGUUAAAAUAAAUGUUGCAGUUUGGCUGAGCUAACUUUUAUUUUCUGUGUCUUGUGCUGUCUGAUUUUUGUUGUAAUUAUUGUGUGUUUCAUGAGUUGCAUUGUUAAUAGUUGGUAGUACUAAGGCCCUCACCAGUUGUUGGACGAUGGACGGGUAAGGAAGUGGUAAACAACUUUCGUUGCCUAAAGUUAAGGUACAUUUUUUAAGCUUUUAAAAUGGCACCUGCUCCUCCCUACCAUCCCCUUGGCGACGUCUUUUAACUAUGUUUAACAAAUCAACUAUAUAAGGUCAAGGAGCACAUGUUGUAUGUUAGUAUAUUUUAUGUUGAUAACGUGAAGUGGAAGAUAUUAACAUCUUUGUGUGUCAAUGACUGUCACCACUAACCAAAUAUUUUUUCUGAAUUAUUUCUGACAUUCAAAGUGUGCGUUUCACUAGUCAACUUUGACGGUCGUUCGACUACAUUAUACUACACAGAAAAACGCCAAAAGUGCGCCAUUUUAUCUAAACAACGGCGAGGGGCAUGUUAAAGUUAACGUCAAAGUUGACUGGUGCAGUACACUAAUAUCAUACGUUAUUAUCUCAGAUGAUACUUACUUUUUUCAAGCUUAACCCUAUCGAUUUGUAAAACCUUAUUUUAGUUUUGAUCUAAAAUAAAUAAAACACCUAAACAAGUAUGUGUAGUCAUGGAUAAAAUUAAAAUUAUCAAUUAUGUAUUAAAGAGGUCUAUGUAAAUAUUAUACAUGAUUUAUAUUUAUCAUAUUAGCCAGUGACGUAUGAAUCAUUGUCAUUUGGUCAACCUCUGUCCAUUUUUCUGGGGUUAUGUUAUAUUUGUACAUAUGUUUAAGUAUUAACUGUGAAUCUAUCUCAUUUUAAUAAUUAACGUAAGUUAAGAACCAUACAACACUUUCAUUGCAAAUCGAUCAGAUGUGAAUCACAUAGUGACAAGCAUAUCCUUUAUAUCUGUGUCACAUGGAACUGUAUUGUGUCCACAUGAAAUGAAAUGGGCUCUUUAAAUAAUAAUAAUAUUAAUCUUUAAGCUAAUAAUAUUUAAUUAGAAUUUAUUAUAGAAUAAAUAUUUUUAGCCAUAUUAUACCAAUUUCUGUGACAACACGCUAUACAGAAAUUCCUAUAUCUUUAAAUAAUGCAUAAAGAUGUGCCACAUUUUAGAAUUAAAAUAAUAGUCAGCAAACUUUCACCAACGUUAAUUUAAUAUGAAAGCAAUACAUUGUUUUUAACCUCCUUAACAAUAUAUUAAUGUUUACAAAGAAUUCUAAUAUAUGAACCAGAAUUAGAGUAGGUGUCCAAAUAUUUGAAAUAAUUUCAUUAGGCAUUAUAAUUGAAAAUCCAAUGCAAAUUGCGAACGCAAUCAUGAACUGUUCGUCAAUAUUGUAGACGGUAAUAUACGGUAUGAAUUUCGGAAAUAACAUUUAGGGUCAGUUUACAUGGCUUGUAUUUUCCUUCAAAUAUAAUUCAACUACAUCACUGCUCAUACUCUCGUAUAAACGUUAUAACAACACACGAUGCAGUAUCAGGCAUUAGUCAACUUUAACUUUAGACAAGAUGUCUACUUUUUGCGCAGGUUAACCCACCUAACUAUUCUUAUAAACACACGGCGUAAUGCAACCUAACUAAACUGAAACUUGGAUAGACUUCUUCCAAAACUAUACACCACGCAUCCAUUUUGUAACCAAAUGGUUGAUAUGGGUUAGUUGUAGUUGUGUUACUCAGUGUGGGCCGAGCCUUAAGCAUUUUCGUGUCUUCCAUCGAGCAUUCUAACAAACAUUCACGCGUAUUCCAACGACCAUCCAUUGCUUUCUUGCGUGCUUCCUCGUAUACAUUCUAGCGAUUACACUCGAGAAGAGUAAUGCGAAGAGUAAUGCUCAAAACUAUAGGCGAGUUUAUGAUAUACGAGUAAAGAACUAUAUGCCGUAGGUAUAAUACGAGAGGAAAAAUCUCAUAUUCUAUCUCUCUUAUAAAUGGCGGAGGAAUACUAUGACUUUGUAUUUUGUGUAACUCUAUAUGGGAGAUCGCUGUAUGACUCAAGCUGUUGACUUCUUCUGUACAUACAUAGUUAUGAAACGUUCAUAUAGAGUAGGUAUAUCAAAUUUUAAAUUUAACCAAUUUCAAAUUGAAAUACUCCCUAUAAACGAAGCCUUAGGUAAAAGAAUUUUUGCAUUCAUGUGUCUGUGAAUCUUCGCAAACGUUGAUAUUCGAAAGGGUAAUUUGAAAAGGCUUUGAAUUUCGGAGUGAAUUCAUAUGAUGCCUGAAAUACUUCAUAAAAUAUAGAGAAGUCCCUGUUCAAACUAUCUUAGAAACCAUUCGGCUUUGGUUAAGUGAGGUAUUAGUGCAUUUACAUGUGGCACGAUGACACUGCUCGUGGUUUGUGUUGCCUAUUGAUCCGCAACCACAGGCUUGUUUAUUAAUCUCAAGUAUGUGUCCACAACUAAAUGGCUAGGUCUCUUCUUGGCUUUAUUGACAAAAGUUUCAUUAAAAAUUCCCCGUUUGUUUAUUAUAUUAUAUACAUUUUACAAAAAAGACAUUAGUAUAAUGAAACUUUGCAUAUUCAUUAUGUGAUUUAUAUUUUCCAAACAAAAAACGUAUAAUGUGCACAUUUAAUACUAAUUGUUUAAAUAAGAAUUCAAUUGUAAAGAUCAACAAGAACGUGUCUCUAUAAAUAUUUAAAAUAGCCGUUAAUUUAAAAAAUGUAACGACUAAGUCGUUGAAGUGUCAAUAACGUUAGGUUGUUGUAAUCUAGUAUUUAAUCAAUAGACAUUUCCACCUAAUUUUUAAAACUGGACACUAUACUAAUUUAGUAUCAGUCUCUUAGAUAUAUAUAUAUUUGUGGAGUGAAAAAUUUGCAAGAAGUUUUCAUCAUUGAAAUCGUGUAGUGAUUAGUUAUGACAUAAUUAUAAUAUAAGAAAGGAUAAGGUUAGUUCUAAUUUAUUAUUACGUUUCCGUCCAUACCAGACAUUCCAUUAGAUAAAUGAACAUUAAAAUAAUUUUAUAUAUUAUAUUAGAAAGAUAAUGGCGAAUAAAUAAAAUAUAAUUUAAUUUUUUUUUCUAAGAAUAAGGAUCACGAAAACCAUCUUGUGUUUUUUAAAGGUUUCAUGCUUAGUUAAGAUUGAAAAUUGUCUAUUUUAUCAAAUGAUUUUAUUAUUCCCACCGUUGGGCUUAGGACCUUCUUAUGGAUGGAUAUUGUAUGUUUUACCUACGACGAGAACUCAAUGCGAAUUCGUAUCAACCGGGCCAAUGGUUAGGACUUCAAUUGAUAUGUCAUUAUUAUACAUUAAAGUUAGAUGUGUGAUGAUAGUUAAAAAAAUCCGCAGAAAAUGGUCCAAUAAAUCUGAAAUCUGAGAAAUACGUUUUAAACCGAUCUUUUGUCUUAAUUGUACAUGUUACAAAUUAUUAAAAAUAAGUAAUACACAUUUAGUUUAUUACUUAUUUUUAAUAAUUUGUAGAUUUUGUAAAUUUUUUCAGCUAUUGCAUGUAGCAUAAAACGCAUUUACCAAUAGUUAUUGUUAUAAAUCUACUUAUCGAGUCGAGUUUUAGUACCUAUUGUCUAUUAAUGUUAAUGCUAAUUAAAAUAUACUCACAUCUACCUACCUUGCAAGAAAAGGAAACACACGAACGAAAGAACACAAAUAAAAUUUAAUAAUUAAAUGUGUUCUUAGUUUUUAUAUUUUAUGCGGUUUUUUUAGAAAUCAAUCUUGGUCAAUAGCUGUUCGAUAACUUACGCAUUUUUAUACUUAAAAAUAAUUAAUGAAAUAAAUAAAUAAAUUUACUUUUAUGAUAAAAUAUAGAAUCGCUGUUUAGAAUAUGUUUCGUUAUAGGUAUAGGCUAUAAAUAUUUACACGCUUGUUACAUAUUUCGUUUGUUUACAAAACUUAUUUUCAUGACUUUUUUUCGAUAAAUUAAUUAUUUUUAUUGCUAAUUAUAUUAUUUAUUCUAUAUAUACUUAUCAAGUCAAAAACAUGUGGCAAUUUGUACUUAAUGAUUAUUAAGUAAUAAUGAAUAUGUAGGUUAAGACGUGUUAAAUACAUAUUUUCAACAAUAAUUCAGUUGUCUAAUAAUUCUAGAGCUAAUCAAGCAUUUUUCAUAAGUAACCUUCUUAGAUAAAUUUUGGACAUAACACAAUAUUGGUUAGGAAUGUAUGAAAAUUGUAAAUUAUCACCUAUUGGACCCACAAGAUUCGAUCGAAAAGCAAAAAUACCUCUUUUAUAUGAGUAAUUUGAUCUUUGUAAGUCAACUGAAAUUCAGCUACCAGUCGAAUUCUAAAUAAUUUAUAAGUUCUGAGUUUACGUCAUAAGAUAACUUUCAUUAGUGAAAUCAUUUAUUCCAUGUAUAGUAUAUUGUAAUUUGAAUUAAUUACUAGACAGACUUAAUUUUAGGUUAUUAGUAGUCUAUACGAAUAUUUGUAAAUAUUGAAAGCCGUCAGGUAUUCCGUCCAAUAUUAGAUUAAGUAUUACUUUAUCACAUUUAAUUAAUGUUAAAGUUAUUCAUAGGAUUAUCACUUUCAAUAUUAGGUUCAGUCAUAGUGAACUAAUUUCUCUAAUGAAGAUUACAUAUCUAUAUAGAAGUUUAUAUAACUCGUAAGACAUUUGUUCGUUAGUAUUUUAAAGGAGUUAUUCAAAUAAUUUUGUGAAUUGUAAUGAUAAAAUAAGGUAUCACUUGGGGUAGAUAAUAUAAUAGUUUUUCAACAUUGAUAUUGCAAUUUAUCAAGAACUUUUUAUGCGAAUUUAGAAAUAUAAAUACAUUCUUGUUCGUAUUUUUAACUUCUUCAAUAAUAAAUAUCAUAAGCAUACUAAGCUCAAAGGGAUAUCGAUAUCCUUAUGAUUAUAUAGUAAAAAUCAGUACUUAUGAUGACGAAGUAAAUCUAGAUUGCGUGAGAAUGGUGCCCCGGGAGCUAGGCUAUUGAUGUAUAUUGACGUAAAGCGUUUGGUAACGGAACGUGGUGACUACAAGGUAAACAUUUUUUUUUCUACGCUCAAUUUACAUUUUGUUCUCUGAUUUUCUAAAUUAUUUACCGAAGACUUUUUACUUCUGCUAAGGAUAAUUGAGUAAUGUAUUAUAUAAAUUGUGUAGAUAACAAACAGAGAACACGAUCGUAAUCUGUAGUUUGGAGAACAGAUUUAUGUGACAGUUUUUAUGUGAACACACUACUUUACCUUCUCUUGGAUUAUAUCCAUUCUUACUCGUAAGUGCACCAUUAGUUGUUAUAUUGUAUUAGAAAAAUGAUAUUAAAGAAAACACACUCUAUAAAAAGAUUUUUAAUGUAAUAAAGCAUUAUACAAAAUUACAAAACACUUAAUUAAAAAAAUACAAAAUAA